AUGAGAAUUCUAUUUAUCAGGGAUUCGGAAUGCCUUGCAAUCUUGGGAUGGUUUUUAGUUCAUGCGGUCUUUGAGGAAGAUGCAGGUUUUGAAAACUUAAAAUGUGGUUUGGACACUUCUAAGCGAUUACGUGCACUUCGAAUACAAUUAUUACAACUGUUACGUGCAAUUCGAAUACAACUAUUGCAACUAUUACGUACGCUUCGAGUCAUUCGUCGUUAUUGGUUCCUGACGGAGAUGCGAACAUAUUAA